AGGCUUUGCUCAAGAACAAAACACUCACCGUUCUCGUUGCAGAGAGGCCGCAGGUAGCCACAGUCUUUGCAAGAGCGAUACUGUAUCGACAGUAAAAUAAACCGAGUCAGAGCCUGGUACGUAGUUGAAAAACCACAAUGAUCUAGCCCUAUCACUCCAAAUAAGUACUUAAAAGAAACAUGUUCGCUCUCGGCGGCCGUGGUGGGGCCAACAUCUUCGACCAUGUCAAGAAACGACGUGGCGGCAUCAGUGGGGCUUCUCCGGAACUGUCACCACGCGGUAACAUCUGUGCAGCAGCCUCGGUCGCAGGAGUGCAUCCGGCAGCACUUCAACAGCUUGGGGUGCCUUCAGAGGGUCUACUAGAGGGGCUUUUAGUGGACGGACACGGAGAGGAUCAUCGUCGGCUGCAACCGGAAGGAGAUGAGGGUGGUCUGGGUGGAGGUCCGUUAAAAGCUAAAUUAUUAGGAGUCCCGGGAGGACUUGCAGGUGCGUCGAAAUUCGCAGACCACCCGAGUAGAGACGGCAGUGGUGGUGGACUUAGUGAUGACGGGUCUUGUUAUGAAACAAAUGUCUUUGUAAUUUUAUUUGUAGCUGAUUAGAGAAAGAGAUAAUUGCGUUUCUUUGAGGUAGACGAACCCGAGGGGCUACCACUUACCUGAUUCUUUCACAGGCGUGUGAUCAUGCUCCUCUCCUCACUUUCUCCAACUUUCUUCAUACCUCGUUUCUCCAACUUUCUUCAUACCACGCAAGACUCUGCAAGAGGAGCUUUCUUUGGCAAGGGACACAACGCCGACCUCGAAAAAACUUGCGGUUUGGCCAGCGUCGCUUCCUCUCCAGGCAGAGAGCAUAACAUCUGGCUGCACAUUUUUCUGACCUUGGAGUCGGCAUCCAGCAGUAGACUUGCAGGCAAGGUCCACAAAUUGCAGAUCGUGGUGAUUGCGCUGUCGAUUAUUUCGUUUAUUUUACAGACGGAACCUAGACUAGCAGGCUACGAGCACAUGUGGAAAUUUCAAGUAGUGGAGAUUAUCUGCACUUUCUUAUGGCUGGUGAAUGGAGGGCUAUUAUUGCUACCUAUAUCGAAAUCGAUCUACUAGAACUAGAUGGACAACAUCAUUUUUUCCUCUAGUUGAUGUUGAAAUCACAUACAACACUUUCCUCAUCUUUGCUCGGUAUCCUACUCCUUACACAACUAUGCUAAACAUUUUUUAACACUGCCCCUUUGCCUUUUCUAAUCUUCUGUUUCACUAUGGAAUACGCCCUGCACGUAGUCUCCUACUAUUUCGUAUACGGCAACGCUUGGGAUUUGAUGCUGAAGCCGAUGAAGAUUUUCGACCUUCUAGCGACUUUGCCUUACUACUUCGAACUUCUGCUGGCUGCACAGGAUGAGCAGAACAUUGCCGCUUUGAAACUACUCCGAAUUGUGCGCUUAACCCGACUCUUUCGCGUUUUGAAACUCGGGAAAUACUCAAAAUUAAGGCUCAACUUUCAAUAUUCAUUGGGGUUGGUCACUGAGAUCGAAGAGGCGACCUCCCCUUGAGAGUAGAACAGGGGAAAACGAAGGGAAAGGGGAGAGCUUCGGAGGGGGUCUCUUCUGUUCAGUUCAGAGUCAGCGACCAACGAAUGCUGAGCUUUAACAAAAGGCGUGAAGCUAAUCUACGUGGUCAUCAAGGACUCGGCAGAAACAUUGCUAGUGCUGUUUUUUCUGUUAUUCAUGGUGGUUUUGUGCUUCAGCAGUGUCAUCUACUACGUGGAGAAGAUGAACUGCCCUGAUAGAUCGAAGCUAUCACCUGCAAGGCUCCAGCAAUACUUGACGGACUGCGAAACGCAGCCGUGGUCGCGUUUGGACGAACAGAGUACGUGGGACGUGGACACGAGGUUUAUGGUUUCUUGAUGUGCUGGUUGCCAUUUCAUUCUUCCCAACGUCAACCACAAUAUGCUAUUUGUCUUUGCCUGUAGGUCUUGAGGUCUAGAUGUACACUUAUAAUAUUUCAGAUAAAUUCAUUUUCAUGUUGUAGUUGUAUACUAUAAGAUGAAAAGAGAAAGAGAAAGACUACUACUACAAUAAUUCUUCCUAUAAUUCCCCACGACCUAUAACUAGGAAAUCUAAAAAGCCACUCCACUUCUCGCUCUAUACAAUUGCUGCUCUAAACCCUACUUUUUCCUGACCACUUCUCGCUCCACCCUAUACAAUUGCUGCUCUAAACCCUACUCUUUCCUGACCACUGA